AUGUCAAAAUCAUCGACAACAGUUCCAUUAACCGAUAAGGAUCGUCGUAAACAAAUUUCGAUUCGAGGUCUACCAGUCUUGGAAAACGUUGCAUCAGUUAAGAAAACUUUCAAUCGUCAUUUACAUUUUACAAUUGUCAAAGAUCGUAAUGUUGCUACCAAUCGUGAUUACUAUUUGUCAACAGCAUAUACGGUACGCGAUCAUCUCGUUGGUCGAUGGAUUCGCACCCAACAGCAUUAUUAUGAAACGGAUCCCAAACGUGUUUAUUAUUUGUCAUUGGAAUAUUACAUGGGACGAUCUUUAUCAAAUAUGAUGAUCAAUCUUGGCAUUGAAUCAGAAUUGGAUGAAGCUUUAUAUGAACUUGGCUUAUCGAUCGAAGAAUUAGAAGAUUUUGAAGAGGAUGCUGGUUUAGGUAAUGGUGGUCUUGGUCGACUUGCCGCUUGUUUUCUUGACUCAAUGGCUACAUUGGGAUUAGCUGGUUAUGGUUAUGGUUUACGUUAUGAAUUUGGUAUAUUUCAACAAACAAUUAAGGAUGGUUUUCAAUGUGAAGAGCCUGACGAUUGGUUACGUUACGGAAAUCCAUGGGAAAUUCCUCGACCAGAAUAUCAAAUACCUGUGAAUCUCUAUGGUCGUGUUGUUGAACAAGAUGGAAAGGCAAAAUGGGUUGAUACCAAAGUGAUUAUGGCAAUGCCAUACGAUACACCGGUGCCUGGCUAUAAUAAUAAUGUCGUUAAUACUCUUCGCUUAUGGAGUGCUAAAGCAGCUCAAAAAUUCAAUUUUCAAUUUUUUAAUGAUGGAGACUAUCUCAAUGCUGUCAGCGAUCAAAGUUUAGCUGAAAAUGUAACACGGGUUCUUUAUCCAAAUGAUAAUUAUAUGCAAGGAAAAGAACUUCGUUUGAAACAAGAAUAUUUUCUUGUGGCUGCAACUUUAUCCGAUAUUAUCCGACGAUACAAGCAUUCAAAAUUUGGCGUCACUGCAUCAACACGUGAUGAUUUCAGUACAUUUCCCGAUAAAGUUGCGAUACAAAUGAAUGAUACACAUCCGGCGUUGACUGUCGCAGAAUUGAUGCGUUUGUUAAUUGAUGUCGAAGGUUUAUCAUGGGAUCGAGCUUGGGACAUAACAAAACGAUCAUGCGCUUAUACCAAUCAUACGUUGAUGCCUGAAGCUGUUGAACGAUGGUCAGUGGGGUUAUUGCAACAUGUUUUACCACGACAUUUACAAAUUAUUUAUGACAUCAAUUUACGUCAUCUUCAAGAAGUAGCUACUCGUUAUCCAGGUGAUCACGGUCGUCUUCAAGCUCUUUCGGUUGUCGAAGAAGGUGGAGAUAAACGAAUCAAUAUGGCCUAUUUAGCUAUUAUUGGAUCUCAUGCAGUGAAUGGUGUUGCACAAAUUCAUUCAGAAUUAUUGAAAACAACUUUAUUCAAGUCGUUCUAUGAAUUAUCGCCAGAAAAAUUUCAAAAUAAAACAAAUGGAAUUACUCCACGUCGUUGGCUAGUUCUAAGCAAUCCUAAUUUGAGUGAUGCAAUUGCUGAAAAAGUCGGAGAAAAUUGGAUCACAAAUCUCGAUGAAUUGAAAACUUUACGAGAAUUCGCCGACAAUGAGAUGUUCUUGCGGGACAUUCAACGUGUCAAGCAAGAAAAUAAACAACGUUUAGCUGAAUGGCUUUUGAAAACACACAAUCAAAAGAUCAAUCCGUUGUCAUUGUAUGAUAUGCAGGUGAAACGUAUUCAUGAAUAUAAACGACAACUAUUGAACGUUUUACAUAUUAUUACUCUAUACAAUCGAAUUAAAGCGAAUCCCAAUGGAAAAUAUGUACCAAGAACAGUGAUGAUUGGCGGAAAGGCUGCUCCUGGUUAUCAUAUGGCAAAGAAGAUUAUCAAAUUGGUUAAUAGUGUUGGUAAAAUUGUUAACAAUGAUCCGGUGGUUGGUGAUCGUUUGAAAGUCGUUUAUCUUGAAAAUUAUCGUGUGACUAUGGCUGAGCAAAUUAUUCCAGCAGCUGAUUUAUCUGAACAAAUCUCUCUUGCCGGCAUGGAAGCGAGUGGCACAUCUAAUAUGAAGUUCAUGUUGAAUGGAGCGUUGACAAUCUGUACAUUGGAUGGAGCAAACGUUGAAAUGGCUGAAGAAGUUGGCAAUGACAAUAUUUUUAUCUUUGGCAUGACAGUCGAAGAAGUUGAAAAACGCAGACAAGAAGGAUAUCGCGCACGAAAUUUUUAUGAAAAGAUUCCUGAACUCAAACAAGCAUUGGAUCAAAUUAACAGCGGAUACUUCUCACCGGAGGAUCCCGAAUUAUUUCAUGACAUUGUCAAUAGUUUAUUAUGCGAACAUGGCGAUCAUUAUAUGCUCUUAGCUGAUUAUGAAAGUUACAUUCAGUGUCAAGGACGGGUUGAUGAACUUUUCAAAGAUCCACUUGCCUGGACGAAGAAAAGUCUUUUGAACAUUGCUGCAUCGGGUAAAUUUUCAAGCGAUCGUACUAUUGCGGAAUAUGCUCGCGAGAUCUGGGGUGUUCAACCAGCACUUCAACCAUUACCUAAUCCCCAUGAAGGUCGACCUGGCACGAAAAAUGAAGGCGAAGAAACACAUGGUUCAUCAGCAUCACUUCAAGAUUCAGCCAAAAAGAACGAACAAUAG